AUGUACGCCCAUUGUGUGCAACAGCAGCAGCAGCAGCAGCAUCCGCGUGGGGCAGUGCUGGUGGGGCAGCCGCAGCCACCGCCGCCGCAUCCGCAUCCCCACCAGCCGAUGAACUCCUCGUCCGCGUUCCGCCCGUGGGGACCCACCACCACGAAGGCCUUCCUGCACACGCCUACAAUGCGACAAUGCGACGCUCUCCUCGCUGCCCUACGCCUGCCAGGAGCCGCCGGAGCUGCAGAAUCCCGAGCGCGUGGUCCGCAGCACGGAAAAGCGCAGCAGCAGCAGCAGCAUCCGCGUGGGGCAGUGCUGGUGGGGCAGCCGCAGCCACCGCCGCCGCAUCCGCAUCCCCACCAGCCGAUGAACUCCUCGUCCGCGUUCCGCCCGUGGGGACCCACCACCACGAAGGCCUUCCUGCACGCCUACAAUGCGACGCGACGCCUCCUCGCUGCCCUACGCCUGCCAGGAGCCGCCGGAGCUGCAGAAUCCCGAGCGCGUGGUCCGCAGCACGGAAAAGCGCAGCAGCAGCAGCAGCAUCCGCGUGGGGCAGUGCUGGUGGGGCAGCCGCAGCCACCGCCGCCGCAUCCGCAUCCCCACCAGCCGAUGAACUCCUCGUCCGCGUUCCGCCCGUGGGGACCCACCACCACGAAGGCCUUCCUGCACGCCUACAAUGCGACGCUCUCCUCGCUGCCCUACGCCUGCCAGGAGCCGCCGGAGCUGCAGAAUCCCGAGCGCGUGGUCCGCAGCACGGAAAAGCGGUACGCGGAGCGCACGUACCAGCCCAAUCCGAUGAACUCCUCGUCCGCGUUCCGCCCGUGGGGACCCACCACCACGAAGGCCUUCCUGCACGCCUACAAUGCGACGCUCUCCUCGCUGCCCUACGCCUGCCAGGAGCCGCCGGAGCUGCAGAAUCCCGAGCGCGUGGUCCGCAGCACGGAAAAGCGGUACGCGGAGCGCACGUACCAGCCCAAU